AAGAUGGCUAGGCCUAGCAGUGCAAGACCAGCUCCUCCCAGGUUGAAAAAACAGGACUCAACUGAAGACCCUGCUGCACGGAUUGGCAGUGGUAAAGUCAGUAAUGUUAUUGUGGAUAAUGCACAAAAUUCGGAUGAUGAUGAUAUAUUUGUAGUUGAGGAAUCCCAGUCAACAUUGGAUAUGGAACAGCACCAUAAUGCUGAUGAUGAUGAUGUGGAUGAAGAUGGGGAUCAUGGUGGCCUUGUGAAAAAAAUAUUAGAAACCAAAAAAGAAUUAGAAGGUGGUAGUCAAACUGUCCAUAAACGAGAUGAGAGACCUGUCAUAAUGGAUGCAUCAAGAAGAAAAGAACGAGAAAUAGUGUCUCGCGAAAUUGAAAAAUUACGAACAAGUAUUCAGACGCUAACACGUAGUGCAAACCCAUUGGGUAAAAUAAUGGACUAUGUACAGGAGGAUAUGGACAGUAUGCAGAAAGAAUUGGAAAUGUGGAAAAAGGAAAAUAAACAGCAUGCCCUAGCUAUUAAGAGAGAAGAAGGAAUUACAGAAGAAGAAUUGGAGCCAUUGAAAUCUCAGUUAGCUGAGCUUGACCAAUCCAUUGAGGACAAACAAGACCUUAUCAGUGCGGUUAAAGCAAACGUACUUAGAAACAGUGAAAAAAUACAGAAAAUGCUUUCCAGCGUAACAUUUUCAUCACGGUGAUUUUGAAAUAUUGUUUUUUUAUAUAUAGUUAUUGUAAAUAAAACAAUUGGCAAUGUUC